UACAUCAGUGAAACCACUAACAGUCUGUCAAAGUUAGUGUCUUUUCUUUGGGGGAAAUCUACUCACCAUGAAGUAUCGGACAGUGGUUAUGUAUGUAGAGAUUGGCUGUUUUGUGAGCUGUUUAUGUGGAUGGAUACUGGUCUGCUCCACUCUCCCCACAGAAUACUGGACUUUCUCUGAAGUAGGUAGCAUUGUCUUGACCACAGCCAACUAUUACUCUAACUUGUGGAGGGAUUGUGUAUCUGACACUACUGGGGUCUCAGACUGCAAGGAAUACCCCUCCAUGUUGGCUCUGCCUGUGUUCUUACAUGCAUGCAGAGCUCUGGCUGUGUGUGCAGUAAUCACAGGCUUCUUUGGUGGAGUCCUCACUCUCAUUGGGAUGAAAUGCACGAAAAUAGGAGGAUCAGAGAUUGUUAAUGCAAGAGUCACCUUUGCUGGAGCACUCACCUACUUAGCUUCAGGAUUCUGUGGAAUGAUAACCUAUUCCUGGUGGGCCCAUAAAGUUAUUAGUGAGUUUGUGGAUCCAAAUUUCAGGGCUCAAAAAUUUGAGCUUGGUGCUGCUGUUUUUGUUGGAUGGGGAGGCUCAAUUCUGCUCAUUUGUGGGGGAAUUGUACAAGGAUACUUCUCAGGGAAAGAAAGCGUGCCAUCAAGUUCCACAGACAGACGCAGAGUGUAUGGGACUUAUGUGACCAGCCGCAGCAGGCGCACCUACAUGGCUCCUGCCUCCAGAGUAACCCUGGUCCCACCUCUGUUCUACGAAGGGAGAAAGAGCAGAACAAGAGGGACAAGAUCUGCAAAAACCAUCAACACAUACAACCGAGACACUUUUGUUUAAGGGUAUUGUUAAAAAAAAUACAUACAAUACUUACACAGAUAAAUAUAAUACACACACACAUGCAUUCACAUUUUGACA